GUUGGGUUUAUAGAAUUAUUAGUGCUAGAAAACCAAAAAUAACGUAAACAAACCUUUUCCUUCUUUCCUCUCCUUGUUACUCUCUCAAAUCCUUGCAAGCAGGUGAGCUGUGAGCAUGGAAGCAGAGGAAGCAGGUGCUGUGGUUGGUAAUGGCAUAAGAGGUCAUCACAUCAACAAGAGAGCUCUUCGUAACAAAUCUCUUUCCAUUACUUUCAAUGAGAAAAGCUUGAGGGACUUUGUUGAUGGAUUUCAUAAGCGUAAGAAGAAGCGGAGAAAGGAAGCUCUGAAGCAACAAGAAGAAGCAGAGAGACGCAAGCGCCUUGAAGAUCGUAAGUGGAGAAGAAAGGAAAAAGAAUAUGCCCUGUAUGGUGGGACAUCGCCACCUGAAGCUGACGCUGCGUUGGAUGAUGAAGAUGUGGAGCAUAGUGAUAAGAUGGAACUAAACCCAUCAGUUUCUGGGAUGAAAGCAUAUGAUAAUGGCGAUAUGAUGGUUACUGUUACAACGAGGGCUAUCACUCGUGAAGAAGAUUAUCCUACCCAAAAAGCAGCAGCACCACCGUCAUCAGUGUCUACUGACGGAGCUGAGAAAAAGCAUAAUAUUCCUGUUAGCAAGAAGAAAUCCUUUAAAAAAGUCCGUAAAGGUAGAUCCCGACCAAAGCUAAAUUCCAAAAGGGAUCGAAGGAAAGGGAAGAAUAAUGCUAAUAAGAGACGGCACUAGCUUAUGAAUACCAUUUUGUGACUUUUAAUCAAGACUUUCAUUUUCUUUUGGUGAUUUUGCUUCUGAAUAUUAUCAAGGGUAAGAGUAAGACCUUGCCGUUUGGGUGCCUAGAUUGUAACCACUCGAUAGCAUCGGAGUAAUGUAAUGUUUUUGAUGA